AUUCUCCCACUCUCUUCCUAUUUGGGUUGGGAUUUCUCUUCUUCACUCACUGACUGUGACUCAAGCUAACCUUAACCCAGGUACUAUUGAAUUUAAGAGUGGAAACUAAGCUUAACAGCCAUGCAAAAGAAGGAUAAUAUUGCAACUCCAUCAACUCUUGCUCGGAUUCGGCAUCGUAGACGGUCCACUGAGGUUAUUCCAGAGGCUGGCAAAGCAAAUGGAAGCCAUUUACUUGUUGAUGAUCAUAACAAAUACAGGUCCAUGUUGAUCCGUUUAUACUCCACCCUUUGGAUGAUUGGGGGCUUUGCAUUUAUUGUCUACAUGGGCCAUCUCUAUAUUACAGCCAUGGUGGUGGUUAUCCAAAUAUUUAUGGCCCAAGAGCUUUUCAGUCUCCUUAGAAAAACACAUGAAGAUAGUCAUCUUCCAGGAUUUAGGCAAUUAAAUUGGCACUUCUUCUUCACAGCAAUGCUAUUUGUAUAUGGUCGUCUCCUCAGUCAGCGGCUUGUCAAUACAGUAACCUCAGACAAAUUUUUAUAUCAGCUAGUGAACAGCUUUAUCAAGUACCAUAUGGUUGCUUGUUACUUCUUGUAUAUUGCAGGUUUUAUGUGGUUCAUUCUUACGCUCAAGAAGAAGAUGUAUAAGUAUCAGUUUGGCCAGUAUGCGUGGACACAUAUGAUUCUGAUUGUGGUGUUUACUCAGUCAUCAUUCACUGUAGCCAAUAUUUUUGAAGGAAUUUUUUGGUUUCUUCUUCCGGCGUCACUUAUUGUCAUUAAUGACAUUUUUGCUUAUAUCUUUGGUUUCUUCUUUGGAAGAACCCCGCUUAUCAAAUUAUCCCCAAAGAAAACUUGGGAGGGUUUCAUUGGAGCAUCUGUCACAACAAUCAUCUCUGCAUUUGUGCUUGCAAAUGUCCUGGGUCGUUAUCAGUGGCUAACCUGUCCAAGAAAGGAUCUAUCCACUGGUUGGCUGCAUUGUGAUCCUGGUCCAUUGUUUAAGCCAGAGCAUUUUACCUUACAAGGACGGGUUCCUCAAUGGUUUCCUUGGAAAGAGAUCUCUGUCCUGCCAGUUCAGUGGCAUGCUUUAUGGCUUGGUUUGUUUGCAUCAAUAAUAGCACCGUUUGGAGGCUUUUUUGCUAGUGGUUUUAAAAGAGCUUUCAAAAUCAAGGAUUUUGGUGACAGUAUCCCAGGUCAUGGUGGAAUGACGGAUAGAAUGGAUUGCCAGAUGGUGAUGGCGGUUUUUGCAUACAUCUAUCAUCAUACUUUUAUCGUGCCACAAAGCAUUUCUGUUGAAAUGAUCUUGGACCAGAUAUUAACAAACCUUUCUUUUGAGGAGCAACAAGCUCUACUAGUGAAGCUGGGGCAGAUCAUGCAGGAAAGACUAGGAUAUUCUUAGGACUCUUUUUGGACCUAAUUCUGGGCAAGGUUGUUUUCUUCCCCUUCGAAAAUGUAAUAUAACAUGGUAGCGUCCCAUGUUGUCUUGGAAGCAUGUAAAUUUUAAAGGGUGUGGUGCUUUCUUUUCCCAUUCAAAUAUUUAGGCAAUGGCAUUUUUCAUCAGCACACAGUGUAGCCUAUGUUAGCUAUUUUUAGCUAUUUAAUACAACAUGCACCCUCGAUGGAGGAUCCUAUGUUGUCUUCUUCAAUAUUUGUUUUUAUGCUGGUUGAACAUCAUAGAGAAAUCAGAUAAAGAAUUACUGCAGGAACUCACUUAAAUGCAAGCAACGGCCACAAUUCCCUCUUACUGGGAGCAGAAAUAUAUGGUGCAACUUAUCUGAAUCAGUGAAUGGCAUGAGAAAUCACUAUUGAACAAAGGUUAAACUCCUAUUUUGGUCCCUGAACUAUUGUACGGACUCCCAAUUUGGUCCCUAAACUAAAGAAAUCCCUAAUUUGGUCCUUGAACUAUUGUACGGACUCCCGAGUUAGUCCCUAAACUAUUGUACGGAUGCCCAAUUUGGUCCCUACUGUUUACCAAUUAAACCCCAACUUGGUCC